AUGGCCCAGGACCGUCCAGCCCGCGCCCUGGAGCCCGAGCAUAUCCAGCAGCUGCUGCUCUCCAGCCUCGAGGCCAAGAAGUCUGCCUACUGUCCCUACAGUCAUUUCCCCGUGGGCGCCGCCCUCCUCACCCGGGACGGCAGGAUCUUCUCAGGGUGCAACAUAGAAAAUGCCUGCUACCCACUGGGCAUCUGUGCGGAACGAACUGCCAUCCAGAAGGCCAUCUCAGAAGGGUAUAAGGAGUUCAGAGCAAUUGCUAUUUCUAGUGACUUGCAAGAUGAUUUUAUCUCGCCAUGUGGAGCCUGCAGACAAGUCAUGAGAGAGUUUGGUACCCACUGGGUUGUCUACAUGACCAAGCCCGAUGGCACGUAUGUCGUCAGGACCGUGGAGGAGCUGCUGCCAAGCUCUUUCGGGCCCGAGGACCUGCAAAAGAUCCAGUGA